CGCUGGGGCCGGAGCGCCGCCCGCUCCCCUCCCCCACCGCAGCAUGGCGGCGCCCGGCGCGCUGCUGGCCUGGUGCGUGCAGCAGCUGCGCGGGGACUUCGGGCUGGACGUGGGCGAGGAGGUGGUGAGGUACAUCCUGUCCAUCAGGAAGGAGGAGGAGAUCCGGGAGUAUGUCAUCGACCUGCUGCAGGGCACCGAGGGCAGGAGGAGUCUCUUUGUGGAGGAGCUGCUGGCACGCUGGCGCCAGGCCUCGCAGCUGCCGCCCCAGCAGCCUGUCUGCUGGAGAAGGGAGGAGACAGCAGAGGUGCCUCGGGCUGCAGAGCAAGCAAAGAAGGCCAAGCGCAAAGGGCGGAACAAGCAGGAGCUGCCUGCGCACGCCGAGCCCAGCGCCCAGCCCGAGGAAGUCAAAACCCCUCUCGACCUGGCCAAGGUGCAGGAGAGCGGCACUGGGGUCGGCGGUGCCGGUGGCAACAGCUCUAAGAAGAAGGCCAAGUUUGUCAGCCUGUACAGCAAGGAGGGGCAAGACAGGCUGGCAGUGCUGCUGCCGGGCAGGCACCCCUGCGAGUGCCUGGGCCAGCGCCACAGGCUGAUCAACAACUGCCUGCUCUGCGGCCGCAUCGCCUGCCAGCAGGAGGGCUCCGGGCCCUGCCUCUUCUGUGGCGCUCUGGUGUGCACUAAGGAGGAGCAGGACAUUCUCCAGCGGGACUCCAACAAGAGCCAGAAGUUGCUGAAGAAGCUCAUGGCAGGUGCCGAGAGCUCAGGGAAUUUGGAUGCCAUAAGCAAAGAUCUACUGCCUCGGGAGGAAGCACGGCUGAAGGAAGGCCUGGAGAUGGCUGUGAAACACAAGGACAAGCUGCUGGAGUUUGACAGGACGAGCGUGCGGCGCACACAGGUGAUUGACGAUGAGUGUGAUUACUUCGCCACCGACUCCAACCAGUGGCUGUCGAAGCAGGAGCGGGAGGCGCUGCAGCUGCGGGAGCAGCAGCUGCGGGAGCUGCGCCAUGCCUCCCGCGGGGCCAGUACCAUCACCCUCGACUUCGCCGGCAGGCAGGUGCUGGAGGACAGCAGCAUGGCACAGUACCACAGCAGGCUGGACGAAACCAUCGAAGCCCUUGGGUCGGGCAGCCUCAGCCAGCCGGCCGGGAGCCCCGAGGCAGCGGCUCCGGCAGGCCUGCGCAACCCUCGCCUUCUCCAGCCUGCACCUCAGUGGGUGGACCAGACUGGUUUGCUGCCCCUGAGGAAAGGGCAGUGCCUGGAGGCUGGCAGGCAGCCUGGCUCGGAGCGCAGCAGGCUGCGGAUCCAGGACCGAGAGCUGCAGGAGAUCUCUGAUGAGGGUUGGUGCCUCAGCAUGCACCAGCCCUGGGCCUCCUUGCUCGUGAGAGGAAUCAAAAGGGUGGAGGGCAGGACCUGGUACACGUCUCACAGAGGGCGGUUGUGGAUUGCAGCUACGGCCAAGAGACCUUCUGCUCAGGAGAUCUCGGAGCUGGAGGCCACCUACAGAGUGCUGCUGCAGCAAGAUGUGGAGUUCCCAAGUGAUUACCCCUCAGGCUGCCUGCUGGGCUGCGUGGACGUGGCUGACUGCCUGUCGCAGGAGCAGUUCAACGAGCAGCACCCAGAGCUGAGCCAGGAGUCCGGCUCCCCGUUUGUCCUUAUCUGCACCAACCCCCAGGAGAUGGCUGUGAAGUUUCCCAUCAAAGGCAAACCCAAACUCUGGAAACUGGAUGCAAAGAUCCAUCAGGGAGCCAAGAAGGGGUUAAUGAAGCAGAAAGCGAGGGGAUGAGCAGCGCGGGAGCAGCACCCUCGUUGCCACCCAGCAGCCAACUGCCACCGAAGGGUGCCCGGAUGGUCCUCGGCUGUGGUGAGCAGGUGCGAGGCGGAUCCCGGAGCGCUCCCAGGCGCUGCUUUGCCUGGUGUGUUGCAGAAGCAUUAAAGGAGAUCUGUGCUCACGCA